UUUAUCUGCAAUGAAUGAGCACAAAUUCUCGAUGAGUGUCAGUGUAGCUAUAUAACCGACUCCAACACACCGCACGUGGUUCAUUUUCGUACAAAAUGGUGCUGUGUACCGUCAUACUCGCAGUUUUGGCGGCUUAUGCAAUCGCGAAAAUUUAUUUUAAACUUACCACAGGCUGGUGCAAAAGCCAGACUUGUCUGGUUGGCAAGACUGCACUAAUAACAGGCGCAAACACCGGAAUUGGCUAUGAAACGGCCCUCGAUUUCGCCAAGCGAGGCGCUCGGGUCAUUCUGGCCUGUCGCAGCAAAAGCAAAGCGGAAGAAGCCCGUUCGAGGAUCAUUUCCGAGACCGGGAAUGAAAACAUUGUUGUGAAAAUCGUAGACAUGGCCUCGUUUGACUCGGUCCGAGCCUUCGCGAGAGAAAUCAAUGAAAGCGAAAGGCGCCUGGACAUUCUAGUCAACAACGCGGGAAUUAUAAGCUACGGGGACAGGACUUCCAAGGAUGGGCUUCCGCUCCUGAUACAGACCAACCACUUUUCCGGCUUCCUCCUCACACACCUGUUAUUGGAUUUGUUGAAAAAAUCGGCCCCCAGCCGAAUUGUCAACGUCUCCUCGUUGGCGGCGGCGUUUGCCACCAAAUUCGACGUCAACCAAGUGGAAAAACACAUUUCCAACGGUGACGAUUACAACAAUUCCAAGCUGUGCAACGUUUAUUUCACCCAAGAGUUGGCCAAAAAGUUGAAAGGAACCGGAGUUACGGUCUAUUCGCUCCAUCCAGGGGUCAUCAAGACUGACAUUAUCAACACCAUGGAUGGUAUAAGGAAAAUCGGCUUCACUCUCAUGAUGAAUUUUAUGUCCAAGAAUCCUGAAGAAGGGGCUCAGACUACGAUUUACUGUUCCGUGGCGAAAGGAAUCGAGGAACUGAGCGGCGAACAUUUUGCCGAUUGCAAACGAAUCAAGCCGUACAAAACGGCACUUAACGAAGGUGCUGCGAAAAAACUAUGGGAGAAGUCGGAACGAAUUGUUAAGUUGUAAUAAUUUAUAAUAAAAUAAAAUGUACUAGAUAAA